GAGCAGCAGGAGGAGCAUCAUCCGUCUGGGCAAAGUGCACUUGUUAUUGCGCCCGGCGAUAAGGCAGCCAGAGCGAGAGGCACUAGAAGUACAAUUGGUGGUUCACAGACUCGAAGCUCCGAUUCGGACCAACAUCCGGAUUCUAGACCCUCGAGCCUCGAGGAUAGACAGACAGACAGACCGACAGACCAAGCCCAGCCAGGCCCUCAGUUCACCCUCACUGCCGGACGGCCGGACGGCCGGACGCACGAGUUCUGCGGCUUCGUCGUGUUGCGGAAUAUCGCUGGCUCGCUCCCUCGUCGUCAGUAGCCCAUUGCGCAGGUCGACGGCCAGCCUGAAGCAGUGCGAGGGCGUGAGGGCGUGAGGCGGCUCAGAGGCCAGAGGGAGAAGAGGGCCCCCAGGCCGCUCUCACAUCAGCAUCUGCAGCAUCGCCAGCAGCAGCAGCAGCAGCAGGGCAGGAGGGCGCAGCGGCCAGCUCCAGCAGGGAAGGCAGGAGGAGCAGGAGCAGCAGCAGCAGGAGGAGGAGGAGGAGGCUGGCAGGCACGCAGCGCGAACGAGCGAGCAGCGAGGGAGCAAGGCAGUGAAGAAGUAGGAGAGCAGGCAAGCAAUGGCACUCGGAGCGAUGAGUGCUGUGGCGUGGAUGCCCACGACGGCCUCCGGGCUUUCGUUCAAGGACGCUCUAGGGCGUCGACCAGGAGCAACCACGAACGGAAAACUUAGUGCUUUUGUCCUUCCUUCCCUAGCAAGAUCACCAGUUUCAAAGACCAAGCGGGUUCUUGCGGUUUUGGGAGCUGAUUCGAACGCGGGAGCCAGGAGAAGUCAUUUGAGCCAGUCGAAUUUGCGACAGAAGUCUCUCGCCGGCCUCGGGAAGUCGUCGGAAUCCGAGGCUCCUUUUGCACCUCUAGGAAACUUAUGGCUCAAGAGCAGGGCCGAGAAGUCUGCCGCUGUGAUCUGCUCAGCCGCAGCUGCCGAGGGCGGGAGCGAAAGCGUCGAAGUGGCACCUCAGGGAGGCCAAGGCCUGCUCUCGAAGAAGUCUUUGACCACCGGAGGUUUUUUCUUCGCCUGGUACUUUUUGAAUGUGAUUUUUAACAUCAUGAACAAGAAGAUCUACAAUUACUUCCCCUACCCGUACUUCGUCUCGGUCGUCCACUUGUUGGUGGGUGUGGCCUACUGCGCCAUCUGCUGGAUGAUCGGGGCACCGAAGCGCGCCCCCAUCGACAAGGAAUUGCUGCUGCUGCUGGUGCCAGUCUCCUUCUGCCACGCUUUGGGACACGUGAUGACCAAUGUGUCGUUCGCUGCCGUGGCUGUGUCGUUCACUCACACCAUCAAGGCCUUGGAGCCCUUUUUCAACGCCGCGGCCUCGCAGUUCAUCCUGGGCCAGCAGAUUCCGUUCACCUUGUGGUUGUCGCUCACGCCCAUCGUGUUCGGAGUGUCCAUGGCGUCCAUGACGGAGCUGUCUUUCAAUUGGAGGGGAUUCAUCAGUGCCAUGACCGCGAACGUGGCCUUCACCUACAGGAACAUCUACUCCAAGAAGGCCAUGACAGGGAUGGACAGCACCAAUGUCUACGCAUACAUCUCAAUUCUCUCGCUUCUGUUCUGCAUUCCGCCAGCCAUCAUCAUUGAAGGACCGGUUCUGAUGCAGUCGGGCUUCGUGGAUGCCAUAGCCAAGGUGGGUGCCAUGAAAUUCUGGUCCGACCUGUUCUGGGUGGGUAUGUUCUACCAUCUGUACAACCAGCUCGCCAACAACACUCUGGAGAGGGUAGCUCCCUUGACACACGCUGUUGGAAACGUGUUGAAGAGAGUGUUCGUCAUCGGGUUCUCCAUCAUUGUUUUCGGCAACAAGAUCUCGACUCAAACCGGUAUCGGAACCUGCAUUGCCAUCGCCGGUGUCGCCGUGUACUCUUUGAUCAAGGCCAACAUCGAAGAGACCAAGAGGAACAACAAAGUUAAGAGCGCCGAUGCGUCUGCCUAAGUUCGCGUACUCUGCCGCGAUGGGGACUCUGUUUGUAGCAUUACUGUUGCUGAGACCUUCACUGCCUUCCUCAGCGUAGAUGAUGCUCCAAUUUUGAAGCUCUGUGAUACGUUCCUCGUCACCAAUGGGACUUUUCCCGCUCUCUCGGGGUUGUAGGUUGCUGAACCCAAGGUAAUGUCGCCUUCUGUGAGGAACCUGGUGAUUUCUUGUAACUCUAUUCCAAGCAGUAAACUAUUAGUCGAGUACUCCUUCAAAAUCAGACAACAAGCAGCACUUGAUCAUCGAGCCCUCUCUUUUAGUUUCUUUUUGUUUCUCUUUCAGAAAGGCUUGUACUGAUAUAUCUGGAGAUGAACUCUAGGCGUAUGUUGAGAACUUUAGAGUUCCCUGCUCACACCAAUCUGUAAUUAGAAUCAAUGUGCUUAUGACCUCACCGUGGGUCCUUAUAAAGAAGGGGUAUUCGGAGUAUUGUUCGUUUCUCUCUGGAGCCUUGU